CAAAGGGCAUGGACGGGGCCAGCCUGGCCUCAUCCUCGGAGGGUUUGAUCUGCCCUGCGACAAGGCCUCUGCAGCCCACCUUUCCUCAUGAGGCAGCCGGCUGAAGCCACAGUCGGCCAGUGAAUUCCGCCGAGCGAUGCUGCCCAGCCCGAGCGCGAAGAUGCUGCCGCAGGUUGCAACCUCUGAGGAUGCGCUCUCCUGGCUGGAGGCUGCGCUGGCCACCUGCCUGGCGGUGGCCUUCCUGCUGGUGCUGGCGCGGCACCUGUGGGCGCUGCGCUGGAGCUUGAGCCGAGACCGCGCCAGCACCCUGCCACUGCCCAAGGGCUCCAUGGGUUGGCCCUUCUUCGGCGAGACGCUGCAUUGGCUGGUCCAGGGUUCCAGCUUCCACAGCUCCCGGCGACAGAGAUACGGUGCCGUGUUCAAGACGCACCUGCUGGGCAAGCCGGUGAUCCGCGUGAGCGGCGCCGACAACGUGCGCAAGAUCCUGCUGGGAGAGCACAGCCUGGUGAGCGCCCAGUGGCCGCUCAGCACCCAGAUCCUGCUGGGCUCGCACACCCUCCUCAACGCCAGCGCCGAGGCGCACCGCCAGCGCAGGAAGAUCCUGGCCAGAGUCUUCAGCCGCGCCGCCCUGGAGAGCUACCUGCCCCGCAUCCAGAAGGUGGUGCGCUGGGAGUUGCGCGGCUGGUGCCAGCAGCCGGGUCCCGUCGCCGUCUAUUCUUCCGCCAAGACCUUGACUUUCCGCAUUGCCGCGCGGAUCCUGCUGGGACUAAGCCUGGAGGAGAAGCAGUUCAAGGAGCUGGCUGGGGCCUUUGAGCAGCUGGUGGAGAAUCUCUUCUCCUUGCCGCUCAACAUCCCCUUCAGCGGGCUGCGGAAGGGAAUAAAGGCCAGGAAUCUGCUACACGAGUACAUGGAGAAAGCCAUCUCCAAGAAACUGAAGCAGAAGGAUCCUGAGGCUCACAGCGAUGCUCUGGAUUUCAUUAUCAACAGUGCCAAGGAGCAUGGCAAAGAAUUUACCAUGCAGGAGCUGAAGGAGUCUGCAAUUGAAUUGAUCUUUGCUGCUUUCUUCACCACCGCCAGUGCUACUACUUCCAUGAUCCUCCUGUUGCUGAAACACCCCUUGGUCAUAAAAAAGAUCCAGCAGGAGCUGGUGUCCCAUGAUCUCACCGGGCAGUGCCAUUGCCUCGCUGCAGGAGAUUCUUUGACAAACCAUCAGUCUUGCCCAGAGACUCUGGUCAUUCAUGGAAAAGAGAACAAAGACGGGGAUUCCAAUCUGCCUCUUCGACCCAGGCCGGAAGGAGAACUAGACAGAGAGACCAAGAGGGAAGACAGAGCCCCUAAGUUGGGUCCCAUUGCUAGAGCAGCCCAAGGAACUGUCCAUGGGCCUCCAAACUGCCCUUGCUCAGCACCGAAACAAGAAGAAGCAAGCCAAGUCCUCGGCGAGCUGGAAAGACAUGAGCACUAUUGUCAGUCUUACUUGACUCUGGAGAAGAUGAGCUGCCUGCGGUACUUGGAUUGCGUCAUCAAGGAAGUGCUGCGUUUGCUGCCCCCAGUGUCCGGAGGCUAUAGGACAGCCUUACAAACCUUUGAACUGGAUGGCUGCCAGAUUCCCAAGGGCUGGAGCGUGAUGUACAGUAUUCGGGACACGCACGAGACCGCCAGCAUCUAUCAGAGUCCACCAGACAUGUUUGACCCGGAGCGGUUUUGGGUGCCACAGGAGGAACGGGAAGACCACAAAGGAGCUGGCCCCGCCCGCUUUCACUAUAUCCCCUUUGGUGGGGGAGUCCGAAAUUGCAUAGGCAAAGAACUGGCCCAGAUGGUCCUCAAGUUGCUUGCUAUUGAACUGGUCAGCACAGCCCGCUGGGAGCUGGCCACAGCACACUUCCCUAAGAUGCAAACCGUGCCUAUUGUGCACCCGGUGGAUGGCCUGCAGCUCUAUUUCCAUCCUCUGAAGCAGGGAAGAGAAAGCAGCGGAACCAGCAAGACAGAGACUUGAGAACCGUAAACUUCACACGCAUUCCAGCUGAGGAUCGUGGCAGAACAUGUUUCCAGGACAAAACAUCCGUCCUCUCCCAGUGUAGGUUUUUUUCAGCUGGUGCAAGCCCAUUCCCUGUAUGUUGGUUGUGGGAGGGGAAAGGAUGAAGUCCCUGCCUGUGGUCCUUAAUGGGCUGCGAGUUUCCUAUUAGCAUCCAUUCAGAGACAUGCAUCUUUCUUAGUUGCACUUUUUGUUUGUUUGUUUGUGUGUGUGUGUGAUGCCACUUUGGGAUCUGGUUAGAGAAAUCACGGUCCAAAGUUAGAUGUCUCAGAAGGAAUCCUAGGAAACAUUGUUGUCAGUUGUCUAUUAGGAGAAGCAAAGGAUGUGUAGGUCAAGUAGGUCUUGUGUAGGUCAAGUAGAGGGUUUGUUACCUGAGAGUGUUCUGCAUUGGUGGUAGACCUAACCUGCUCCUGGAAAUGAUUCCUCAGAGCUGCUCGCAGCUUAGGACAAGAUCGCUCCUCUGUUAUCACAAUGUAGUGGUAGGUCUGUUCCUGAUGGGAAGGAAAGUCAAUCAACCACUUGCCUGACAAAUAGAUAUGCUGUAAGUAUAUCGCAAGGCAGGCAUGGCAACUGUCAGAUGAGUGGUGGUGGUAGUGCCUAUCAGAGGGCAGGUGAAGGAGAAGAUGGUAUGUGGAUACAUAUACAGGUCUAC